ACACGACCGUGCGUCAUAUUUUGAAUGUGAGAGUGGCGGUUAAAUAACGCUGAUGUUUAGUUGAAUAAAUCCACGAUUAAAUUAUACAUUAACGUUUAACGCUCAUGAGUAAUUUAGCACAAGUAUUAAAUGUGUUGAGAUCUUAAUUUAAAAACGUCAUCAAUUAGGAAGAUGUCACAUCAAAGAUCAGACAGAGUCCCAUUCAGAGAUGUACAGAAUGAUUUGCAGAAUUUGCAGGAGACUCAAUUAUUCCCUAAACAUGCUCCCAGCCAUGAGAACAUCCCUGAAAUCAAGCAUGAAGAUCCCAUUGAGGAAACAUUUUUUAACAAAUGUAAUGUUCAAACUCUAACCUACACACCAGAAACCUACAGCGAUGAACUAACUGUGGAAGCCACCGAUGAAAAUAAAGAUGUCACAUCAAAAUCAUUUGUGUGUCUUGAAGAAGUUGUAGUUGAGGAUGAACCUGCAAUGUCAGAUGAGUCGAUUCUCAUUAGAUGUCUGGCUAUGGAAAAUAAUCAGUCAACUGAAAUGGACCUGAAUGAAACCAACCAAGUAGAGUGUACAAAUUAUGAUCAGACCAAUGAAGAGCAUGUCGAUCAUCCAUACUCUCAUAUGUGCAGAUCUGAUUAUACAGAUUUCUCCUACAUGUCAAAUCAAAGGAAAGAGACUUCUGGAUGUGAGCUGUGGAGUGUCACAUUCGAGCCACUCGUGUGUCUAGAUGGGGAGGUUCAGACAUCAGACCAGAGCUCAAUUAUUACAGAUGAAUCCAUUCUUGUAAAGGAUCCAACAUCCGGAAAUCAUUUGCCAAGUCUUGGUACCAAAACUCACAUUUCUGAAGAGUACACAGAGGCUUUAUCAGUAAAUAAUCAGCCUAUGGAUCACUCUUACUCUGAUUUGAAGGACCAUGUGGUUUCAUCUGAAGAGAGUACAGCUGAUUCCAUGUUUCAUCCCUCUCAGUCAACUGAUCAAUAUCUCACUGCUCACUGUGAGAAAAAUGCAGCCAACCACAGCGACGAUGAGCUUACUGAUCUCUCUGAAAGACCUCCCGAGCCAUCUAGUCGACAAGGAGAGAUCACAUUGAAAUCCUUUAGUUGCUUAGGGGUUGAAAUAGAAAUUGCUGAUCUAUCAAAGAUGUCUGAAAUGUCUUUGUGUAUGGUGAAUCCUGCCAAGGAACAGGGUCAGCACUGUUUUAAUGACAUCGGUCACAAUGACAUCAGUCACAAUGAUGGUCAAAGCAUUGCUGUGUUAACACCUGGAAGCAAACAUGUUGACCAUUUUUACUGUCAUAUUACAGAAGAUAAUUUAUUGAUGGAGAAGUCAAGCUCUGAAAUUGAAUUCUGUACCAAGUCACCGACGUUCCCAGAAAGUCUAACGGAAAAGUCUGGAAAUGCAGGUGGUCAUAUAACAUUACCUUAUGGAAACAUUACAGACAAAAUGUCUGAACCUUUUAAGUGCCUGGAAAUGGAGGCGUCAAAAAAUGUUACAACCCAGCACUUGUCAGCAUUGAGCCAUUAUGAAAAUAAGAUGCGAAAUUCAGAUGUUGUACAAUCCCUCAGUGAUGAUAAAUACAAGCUGCCCAAUGAUGACAACUUCAUCAUAGCCGAAAAGUUUGUUGAGAAACACCUUGACUAUCAUCUAGAGGCAGAUUUCUCACAUGCUGAGGAAACCUGGGGUUUAUCUUCUCCUCGAGAUGCGUUUCUAAAAUAGCUGACUCUGAAUCCAACAACGUCAAUGAUAAUGCGCAGGGCUUAGAAGUAGAGGGAAUUCUUCCUGAGAUUGAAUUCAUGCGUCUGUGUGAUCAGACUGGCGACGCUAUCUCUGUUUCACAAGAUCAUACCAGUGCUAUUCCUCUGACAGGUCCAUGUACUCCGAAGAUGUCUGGCGUAAGCAGGACUGUUUCGCAUGAACACAUGUUGAGCCGUCUGUGGCCCGAGCUGCCUGAGAGUCCCCUGCCUCCCCCACAGUUCAACUCCACAACCCUGGCAAAUACUUUUAGCUUCACACCCAUUCCUGCAAAACCACCCCAGGAAAUAGAUCUAGAGGCUAAAAUGUGUUCUAGGGAUAUUCAGAAGAUAUUGAAUGACCCCCCUGUUUUCAGCAACGGGCCUCUUCAGGAACAGCUCAGACAGAUGGCUGAACUCUUGAUGCUUGCAUCCGGAAAGGUGAUUGCUCCUACUGCAGCACCAGUGAAUCACUGCAAUGCUUCAGUGGGCACGUCUCCAGUACAGAUGCGCAGUGUUUCUGUGUGGGGAACCCCUGUUCAGCGAGUGGAAAGGUGCAUGAAUACUUCAGCAGUGGUUGAGAUUGUAAAAGAUGUUCCUGUUUCUGAUGCCAGCACUAGAACGGACUCUCUUCUAUGGAACCUGACUUCUAGAAAUCUAGAGCAUCUGUCCAGAUCAGAAUUGGAGCAGAGACUGACUUCCACGCUCAUCAUGGUGGAGGUUCUCUCCCAGCAACUCACCUCUGCACGGGGUUAUAAUCCAAGCAAAGAAACUUCUCCAUCUGAUCUCGAGAUAAACUUAUCCAGACAGACCACACUGAGCUCAAACAGAAUGGGAUGUACAAAGAUUUGUAUGUGACUGCCCAGGAGAGAAUUCAGAGUCUUGAGCAUGAUCAAGAGAUUCUUCAGAGUUUAUACAACAGGAUUCAAGAGAUGAGGGUUGAAAUGUGUUCAGUUAAGUCAAGCACAGAGGAUUCUAUCUUCACAAUUAAACAGAUUGGAGACAUGGUUAAUGUAGAUCAGGAAACUUUAUCUAAACAGGUCCAUCAGAUGAAGUCUAUGUACAGGAGAUACAGGGAAACACUGCAGAAGAUGGAUCAGAAGAUGAACGACAUGAGACAGAACAUGGAAAAGGCUCUUCAGGAGAAGGAAGCGGCUUUCAGUGUAACACAACAGUUAAGAGAGUAUCAGGCUAGUCAGAUGGCAAAGCUAGAAAAGAGUGUUGGGUCUCACCAGGAACUGAUGUCCGCCCUCACGCUGGCCUACCCAUCCCUGGUUGAACUGAGCAAGUCGUAUACAGAGUCUAUCAAUGCUGCCAAUGUACAUUUGAAAAGGAAGCAAGAGGAUCACAUGAGUUUGUUGGAGGAGCUGAGAAAGGCUCAAGAGUUGAUUCAGAAGACAAACCCAGUGCUUUACCAGCUCCAUGAGAGGACUGUGACUGCCAUGCAGCAGAGCAAGCAGCAUCUGGCCAUGAGAGACAGAGCUGUUGAGGAGAGAGACCUGCUGGAUAAUGAAUUGGAGCAGAUGAGAUCAAGCUUGCAAGAUGCUAGUGAACAGAUUGCAGACUUGAACAUGCAGCAGACCAUCAUGACAUCAGAGAUGUCAGUGCUGAGGGAGCAGCUGAAUCAGGCAGAAGAGGAGCGCUCUCAGCUGCAGAGGACGAACACCGAGCUCUCGGCCACUGUCACAUCCACCUUGGCCUCAUACGCCUUCCUAGAAAAGACCCUCGCUUCUGAGACCAGCAAGAUGCAGCAGGCAGUGCAUGACAGUCAUCAAGCUACUGCGAAAGUAAACAGUCUUGAGGUAGAGUUGGAGACUUCCUGGAAACAAAUACAGGAUUAUGAAGCAGUGCUAUCACAGAGAGAAAGUCUGAUUCAGGAACUCCAUGCUGAAGCUGAGAUUCAUCACCGUCAGCUCAAUCAACUUACUCAGAUCCAGACUGAACUGUCUAGUGCCAAAGAAAUGACAGAGUUUCUGCAGGCAGAGAAUGAAAUGGCACAGGAACAGAUGGAGGAAAGUGAGAGAUUGCUGCGCUGUCACUUACAGGGCCUCCGGGAGAGAAACUUAGAGUGUGAAGACCUCAGACUAGCACUGGGACAACUACGGCUUGAGAAGGACUCUCUUCAGGAAGAGCUGGAGAGCACACGAGAUAAAGCUCGACAGUUGCUGCUGGAACAAGGAGAGAAGAUGGCUCAGGCAUCUAAAGAUGUCCUCCUUCUAUGCCAUAGAGUCUGCUCUCUCACUAACAACUUAAAAGAAUCUCUAGGCAACAAGGAAUCAGAAAGUUCAGAUAAGGUAUUGCAGUCUCAUCGACAUCCUUCUAGCUCUUUUGUGGAUUCCAUUAUGGUUGCCAUGAUGAAGACCGAUGAAUCUGAGACGCAGCCUCCUGUGCUUUCAGAGGAGCAACAAGAUGGCAUUGGCGGUGAAGUCAGUGCUUUUACCCGAAUACCCCCAAAUGUACACGAAGAAGAGAAAGAUGAGAGAAGAAGCUGUGUGUUGGAGCUGUUGUCAGAUCUCGAUGAGACCAUUUCCAAUCUUCAGAUGACCAUUGACCAGCUGAAAGCCCAGAAAGACACAGAACAGCAGACUCUGCAGCAGACCAUAUGUGGCCUGCAGGAGGCGCUGCAGGAAGUAUCUCAGAGACACACUCUGGAGAUCUCGGAGUUGAGGCAGAAUGUUGUUAAACUGCAGACUCGGGUGGAGAAGGAUGCUGCGGCCCUGGUGCAGAAAACUCAGGACGAAAGAAGCCUAAGGAAACUUUGUAGUGAACUGGAGGAAAAAAUGGAAGCAUCUCACAAAUACAGAGCAGAAAACAGUGAGUUGCGUCGAGAGGUUGCUGAUUUGCGUCGAUCGGAACAGCAGGCACAGGUGGAGGCUCAGGUCCUGAGGGAGGAGCUUAAGCGAUCCGGUUUCCGAUCAGCUGCCAGUACUACAGCUUUAGAUGACAGAAUUAAAUUGCUCAGAGAGGUUGAGAAACUCAAGGCAAAUUUAAUGGAAACAGAGGAAAAUCGUGCCAAGGUUCUAGAGCGAGCAAAGAGACAUCAAAGGGUGCAUGCCAUGAACCAGACUAAACUGGAACGAGAACUACAUCUGCUUGAUGAUAUGAUUGAGACCGUGAGGCGGACAUUGUCUUCUAUUCCUGAUCCCGUCAAGAGCUGUCCUGAACUCCAAAAGCUUAUAGAAUUCCUUGGAUAAGGUGUUACAGAUUUCGAUUUCUGUUUUUUUUUUUUUAAGCGUUUAACGGUUAAAUAAGUGUUCUUUUUGUAAUUUUCCCCUCAUAGGUUCUUAUUUAAACUAAACUAAAGUAAUUGUUUGUGGCUGUUUUUAACUUUAGGGAGUAUGUUUCGGAAAAUUUGAGCCAGUAAGUUCAUUUUGAAACAACCGGUGGACUUGUCAGUCUCUUCAAAAAAUUACUGAAAUAUUUGUUAGUGUCAUUAAUUAAAGAUCUGUACAUAUAUUAAACUAAAAUUUUGAAAAA